UUGCUAGCUAUCAAACAAUAAUAUGCAUUUUUAAUUGAGUUGGUGGCAUUUCUGUUCUUUACACCGACGUUGAAGAAGUGUUCUUAAUCUUUUUUUUUUAAGGAAUAAUCUCUCUUAAUCAUAACCAAUAAUAACUUCUUCACUUUCAAGUCACAAUUGAAUAGUUUCAUUCAAGCAUUUCACUUCAUAUAACAUAUAUAGUGUUAUCCCAAAUCAUCGUGCAUUGCCAUCUUAAGCUAAUUAAGCUAAGAAAGAGGAUUCAUCAAUUGAAGUAAAAUGUUCAAGUUUGGAAGCUCAAUAUUGGUGCCUUCUGUCCAAGAGCUUGCAAAGCAGCCCAACACAGAAAUUCCAGAACAAUAUCUUCAUCCAAAUCAAGACCCUAUUAAUGUAUCAAAUACAACUUCCUUACAACAAGUACCAGUCAUUGACCUAAGUAAACUGUUAUCUGAAGAUGCAACUGAGCUAGAGAAGCUUGAUCAAGCAUGUAAAGAAUGGGGGUUCUUCCAGUUGAUUAAUCACGGAGUCGAUCCUUUAUUGGUGGAAAAUGUGAAGAUAGGUGUUCAAGAGUUCCUAAGUCUUCCAUUGGAAGAGAAGAAGAAAUUUUGGCAAAACCAAAACGAUAUUGAGGGGUUUGGUCAACUGUUUGUUUUAUCUGAGAAUCAAAAGUUAGAAUGGGCAGAUUUAUUCUUCACUACGACUCUUCCAUCCUAUGCAAGGAACACCCGGUUAUUUCCAAAUAUUCCUCAACCAUUCAGAGAUAAUUUAGAAACCUAUUGUUUAGAACUGAAAAAUGUUUGCAUCACAAUCAUCAAACAUAUGUCAAAAGCUCUUAAAGUUGAACCAAAUGAACUGCUAGACUCAAUUGAUGAUAUAACUCAAUCAAUGAGGAUGAAUUACUAUCCUCCUUGUCCCCAACCAGAAAAUGUCAUUGGACUCAAUCCUCAUUCUGAUGCGGGUGCCUUAACCAUCCUUCUACAAGCCAAUGACAUUGAAGGUCUCCAAAUACGAAAAGAUGGACAGUGGAUUUCUGUUAAACCACUCACCGAUGCUUUUGUCAUAAAUGUUGGAGACAUUUUGGAGAUACUAACCAAUGGAAUUUAUCGAAGCAUCGAACAUCGAGCUACAAUUAACUCAAAGAAAGAGAGGAUUUCUAUUGUAGCUUUCCACAGACCUCAAAUGAGCACCGUUAUAGGUCCAACACCAAGACUUGUUACCCCUGAAAGACCUGCAUUGUUCAAAACACUUACCGUUGAAGAUUACUACAAAGUAAUAUUUUCACGCCAGCUACAGGGGAAAUCAUGUCUUGAUCUUAUGAGAAUUCAAAAAGAUAAUAGGAAGUGAUAAAAGUAUCAUAGGACUAUGUGGGUUAUAACCGUGUUCUCUGAAAAUAGUUAGCAUAUGUGGUGGCUAAGGUGCAACAAUUCAAUAGUGCUGAAUUAUAAAGAUGGGAAAUGUAAUUUAUAUUCUCAGACUAAAUGGAUGAUAUGUAAAUAUUGGAAACAAAUCAUUACAUAUGUGUGGUGUUAUAUAAAUAUUUAUGUUCUUGCAUAUUAGACUGUAAA